AUGACAUCGCUACUUCACAAAAAUUUGGUAGUUAACGAACUUUUUCAUAUUAAACAUCAGUCAUCAAGCGACGAGAUACAGGGAGCGAAACAAGAUGGGGUUUUUUACCCCUAUAUUCUUAAUCGCUUUAGUGUACUGAGUGAACAGUUUUCGCGGCAUUAUGAAUCAGAAUCAGGUGUAGAAAAAGAAAUUUCACAAAGAUGCAAUUAA